UGGAUCUGACAUGACCCCUAGGCUAUCUAAUCCGUAUAUUUAGUACCCUUUGCAACCUUGGUGUAUUUGUAUUCAAGAUUACAGGUAGAAUGCAGGUCCAUCGCAGAGACCGUGGUAGUCCAAAUCCGGGUACGGUAUUCCCCGAUCUGGCACCAGAUGUUACACAUCUGAGAAAACAUAAUGAAGACUAUCCAAUCCAUGAGGAAGGAAAUUUGCUUAAACCAUGUAGCAUCACGGGACAGAGCAUACUAUCGCAAUAUUUAGAAUAUAGGCGUGUUAAAUAUCGUGCCAUGGAUCUUUUGCAAAAGGAUGUAGAUGAAUGUUUGAUGGCAUACGACAUUGAAGCGGAUGUGGAGAACCGAUUGCAAAGGGAAACCCAUGUGGAUGCUGAAGGAUAUAUCUUGGUAACACAUGGUCCAGUUCCUGUUAAAGCCCAUAUAAUAAAAGACAGAAAGCGUGGGCACGGUACUAACAUUACGGCAAUUGAUUUCUAUAGGUUCCCAAAUAAGGAACGCGAAAUAGCGGCGUUUUUAACAACAGGCAAUGGUGGAGAAUGAUAUGUUGAACCUUGCUAUAGGAUUAAUCCCUCCGUGUUUGGCGAAUUACUGGUGCAGUGAUAGUAGAUUAAUUGAUGCCGUUUAACAUCCCAAUGGUUAUGUUGCAUCUAUUUGCAUGAUGUAAUGAUUCUACCAUUACGAUGAUGUGUCAUUACACU